GUACUUCUCUUUUCCACAAGAGAACGCUGUUGUCUUCUGUGCCAACUUAGAGACGCGCCAACGUCCCCAGGACCUGAAUUUAAAACUUCAUAUUGACCAACUUCCCAACGUCUCAGUGGCUGUUUAUUCGCGCCAUGCUUUCUCUGUCCGCACUUUUCCACGGCAGUAAUAACACGUCGCGCCGGUGCCAGUGGAUGUCAUGGCCACACCCCGCGCUUUGCCACUGAACACGUCCGACCAGUGAUGAGUGCCGUGGGUGUGCCUGCGCCCUGCUCCCUCCGCGCCGCUCCUCUCUGCGCGCCCGUGGCUCCCAGAAGCGUGAGUCAGGUCCAGCGAGCGCGCACGGAGAAGGCAGCCCGAGAAGGAGCGCACAUUCCCGGGGAGGAUCGGAGCCCAAGUGUCCCUUACCUGGAAGUUUUGAGGUUUCGGAGGACGCGCGUAAAAAUGGGGGACGUGGUUUCCUCGCAUUUGGACGAGAGCAGGAGAGAGAUGAUCACAGGGCGUACGCGGGCGGUGAUGAGUGACUUUAGCAGCAUCUAUGAGAAGCAGUACUCUGUGGCCCUGUUCAACAGUGUGAGGGCCGAGAUCGAAGGGACCGGAGGGACCCAGGCCCAACUACUGCACAGGAAGGACCCUCUGGCGGGGAAGACCAUCUUCUCGGGGAGCCUGCUGCAGUAUCUGGAGGAGAACAGGAAGUGGAGGACCAGAUAUGUGUCCAUCCCAAACUCCUACACCAUCGACUUCUAUGAGAGCAAAACAGUCUGUGAUCACGGACUGCAGCCCAAAGUCAGCAUCAACUGUGCGGGCUACAAAGUGCUGACCUCACUGGAGGAAUAUCUGGAGCUCAUGGACAAGAGUCUCCCAGGGGUGAAGGCCAAAGCCAGCAACUCUCCCUUCAUAAAGACUGUGACCCAGUACACCCUGAUCCUGUGGCACCCGUACGCCCGUCACCACUACUUCUGUGUACUCACCGACAAGGAGCACAGCAAGUGGAGCGCCGUGCUGCAGGACUGUGUGCGCCACGCCAACAACGGCCUGAAAAAACAGCAAACCACGGUUACCAUGACACAACGCAUCAACAACAUACUGGCCAUUCCUUCACCACUGCUCACAAAUCACAUACCAGCACGUUCAGGUGCCAUUAAAGACUGA